GUCACAGUCUCGCGAGAUCGGGAGUGUAGCGAGGGGAGACUAAGCGAGAAUCGUCCGAGACCGAGAUCCAGACCCGGAGUUACGAUGGCAGAAGAACUUGCAAAACAGCUAGCAGGCUACAAAGCCCAGCUCCAGCAAGUCGAGGCAGCAUUAACUGCUAAUGGAGAAAAUGAAGAUUUAUUGAAGUUGAAGAAAGAUUUACAGGAAGUGAUUGAAUUAACUAAGGAUCUCCUUUCAUCACAACCCUCGGAAGCCACAGAAAAUUCAGAUGACCAGUCUUCUCCAAGUGGCAGCAAUACUUGGAAGGUUGGAGACCGUUGUAUGUCGGUUUGGAGUAGUGAUGGACAGUGGUACGAGGCGGAAAUAGAGGAGAUCGAUGAAGAGAAUGGUACAGCCGCCAUCACUUUUAGCGGCUAUGGAAAUGCGGAAGUCACAUCUUUACUCAACCUGCGACCUGUGGAAGAGGGGAGGAAGAGUAAGGAGGAAAGUGGCAGUCUUCCAAUGUCCAAGAAAGAACUGAUCGCCCAUCAGAGAGAAUACAAAAAGAAGAAAGCUCUUAAAAAAGCGCUAAGAAUAAAGGAACUCGAACAGGAGCGCGAGGACCAGAAAAGCAAAUGGCAGCAAUUUAACAACAAAGCUUAUUCAAAAAACAAGAAAGGCCAGGUAAAGAGAAGUAUUUUUGCCUCUCCUGAGAGUGUCACUGGCAAGGUUGGUGUUGGAACGUGUGGAAUAGCAGAUAAACCCAUGACACAGUACCAAGACACUUCCAAAUACAACGUCAGACAUCUGAUGCCCCAAUAACAGGCGAACAAGCGGAUUCUAUCUGCAGCGGUUCUACAUUUAGCUUUUAUUGUUAUAUUUUUCUAUAACUAAAUUAUUUGCUGUCAUAUGAGGAAUAGCAAGGCUCUGUAAUAUUUUUUUUUUUUUCUUCCCUAAAGCCUGGAAACAGUAUACGGAACUAACAGGCCCUUCUUGUCUCUGUUUUCCUGUUGAACAUCAGUCCGUGUGUACUGACAUUUUGUGUUGUCACUUUUGGGCAGUUUUUUGCAGCUGCACAAUCCAACACACUGAACCAGUGAGGAUGUCUGACUAGCUGGCACUGAUUGUUCCCCAUUUCAAAGUAUUUUGGAAGAAUAUAGAUUGAAGUCCCACCCCUACCAACAUUUCCACCUUGUGACAAAUGAUAUUCUCUCAUGCUGGUGUCAAGCAAUGUAAAUGGGAUCCAUGUGGGGUCAUUCUCAUAUUUUGUAGUACAUAUUAUGAUAUGAUACUUUGCAGAGUUGUAAUAUCAAUAACACGUUUAGUAUAACUUUUGUUGUAGUUGAAGAAACCGUCUAUACGAUAUAACCAUUACAGCUUGUUGUAGUGGUUAUGUUGCCUUGAAUCUGUUAGCUGCGUUCCUCAAUUUUAUGUCAAACCCCUUAUAAGUGGUGUGACAAACUGGGGCUUUCUAUGCCCCUAGAUACUAGUUCCGCCUCAGCUGCAUUGAUAAUAAGGAAUUUACACUUGUGUAUUAUGAGUGUCAAUCUAGUCCAGCCUGUACAGCAUUGGUUGGCUAAGUGUACGGAGGGCAUGUUAGCCAAGAUCUUUCAGCCUAUCGGUGCCUUUCAGGUUUGAUUAUAUUUACACUGAUAAUGUGUAAGUGUCAAAUCAUUAUUAUCAAUACUGCUAAAGAGGGAGCAGUCUCUGGAUGCUACAGACAUGCUAUUUAAAAAAAAUAAAUAAAAAUUUGGUCUUUUUGUGAAACCAUUUCUAUACAGUUUUGUCAUAAAACUGGUGGAUUGAGCCAAGAGACUCUGAGCAACAUAACAGCGACCCCGAACUGGUCAGGUUAUGUUUCAUAAAGUGUCGCUUUUAUUGCUCUCCCAUCACGGUGAGCUGCUGUGUUCCCUGAGUAUUCUACAGAAAGCAGUCAGUCUUUAUGACUGCAUGGGACACUGACAGCAAAGGAUGUGCUGUGGAGAGUGAUGUCAUCAAGAAAGGCGUUAAGCCCUUAUAUAUCUUAGACUGUUCUGGCCAUUCCAGCUGUUCAAAGUAGCACACGUUAAUCUAUACUAUACGAAAAAUAUUUUUUUUCUCCAUGAUUCUUUUAAUGAUGCAUAUAUUUACAAUGAGCAUUGAAGCAGACUCUGAAACUGCAGUUAAUGGCAGUAAAAUCAGGCUGACUAUAGACUAUAUUAAAGCUAUUGUAAAACUGGCGUUAGUAUGCAAAUUACUGUUCCCUUGUCAUUAAUGUGUGGAAAUAGGAAUGAUUUCUUUCCAUUAAUAGUGCACUAAACCCACCAAGAUUAGUUUAGGUUUUACAUUUUGUUUCUUAUCAUGCUACCAGGAAACUUUCUCCACCAUGUUCUGUUUACUGUUACUGUUGUUUUUGAUUCUAACUUUUGAGAUUUAACAUUGGGAUUAACAAAUCAAGCAAUGCAGUUUGGCACUGAGAUGGUUAAGGAUUUUUUGCUCUUCUGCAUCUGGGAGUAACAAACUCUGUGUUGAAUCUGUCACUUUACUUACUGUCCCAUUUGGUGCUCCCCACCCCUUCCUUGUGAACAGCCGUAAUAUCCAAAUUGUAUUAGAAAAAGAAACGUGGAGGCUGAUGUAGCCAUGUAGAUAUGUUUGUACAUAUUUGUAGUUAUAUGAGAAUGUUCAUUGUUUUUUUGUUUUGAUUUUUAACCCUUCUACAUCCUCUGAUUGAACAGCAGAAGGGCAGAAACAUUUACUUCUGUAAUUUAACCCUUCCAAGUGCAGUUUUAUUAAGUGGAUUCAAAACUGGCUUUGUGUGAAAGUAGUUAUUGAAAACAUUGGCAACUUUACCCCAUUCAUCAAAGAGGUUAGGGAAACUGAUAUUCCUGACAUGCUAUUUUGUCAUUAAAAUAUGUAAGUGGCAUCAGUUGACAAUCUUUGAGGGUAGUAUUAAAUUAACCCCUUCAUCCCAAUGAAUGACGUACUGAAUGGGUUAAAACACCAGGAUUGUCUUUUGACUCGUUUUGGAGGGUAUUGUGCCAUAAGGUUGGUAAGAAAUCUAUUUUUAUUUGUAAUAAACUAAUGGCCGGUUUAUUUUGUUUUUGUCUUUGUAAAACAGAACAGUUAAGGAAGACAUUUUAAAUAGCAGGUUUUUUUUUUUUCUUUAUUAUUCUUAUAGCGAUGCAGGAUGUGCUUUCCUAGCAGCAAAGGGAUGAUUUAGAAAAUGGAGAUUACUAACUAUAUUGAAAAGAGGCCACUUAGUAGUUAAAUGGAAAUGUUCCUUUCUGGUAAACGAAACCCACCACUAACAAAUCCAAUAGGUGUGCCGAUUGGGGAUUAGUGCCACUUAACCAUCACUAAAUAUCCAGUCUGUGUGAUGAUGGGGGAAUAGUACCCGUUGUAUCCAGCUAAGCGGAGUGUUUCUGUUUAUUGUAUGGUUGUCACAUGUAAAAGAAGUGUCGAAUGGCUGGUGGUUGUUUUUUGUUUUGUUUUUUUUGUAUAAAAAGUGUGAAUUUCAGUUUUGUAUGUAACUUUUUAUGAAAUAAACUGUUUUAAAAGACA